CCCCACCUCACACAUUAUCCAGAUAUCCAAUCGUUAUCUAUUCUUUACCAUAAGUACCCACCGAAUUGUAAUAUAAGUAUUUACAUUUCUAAAAGAAUACGGGUCCAAGUGCAAGUGUGCAACCAGAAAUUAUUAUCACUACCAGUUUCGAUAAGAUCAAAUAAGUAAUUACUGAAAGUUAGUGUAAUAUUUUAAGAUGAAUCAAAAUAUAAGUGAUGCUGAGAUUUCAAGUUGCCAUGAGAUAGAAGAAAUGCGCAAAGAAGCAGAACGAGUAGCACUGGAAGCACUGAGGCGCCGCAUGAACGACAUCAUACGAAUAGCUAUUGAAGAAGAUGAUGAGAUAGUCGGCGAGAGAGACGUGUUAGCCAUAGAGCUAGACAACGAGCUGCGAUCCGAGAGCCGGUACAGCGAACUGCUGAACGAGGCGCAGCAGGCCUCCCGCGUCCAGCUGCAGGAGAUGCUGGAGCUGCAGACCCAACUAACAAAUGCAAACGUGGACACCGUGAACCUGCUGACGUCACUGCAGGAGCUCCGCGAGCAAAACCACGCCACCCUCAGAGCCGAUCCUAUCUAUGCUCUGGUCCAAGAGGAACGCGAGUUGCAACAGAAAUUGGAUGACAUGGGAAUUUACGUGUACCCACCGACAGGCUCCCAAUAUUAAUACCUAUUACGUGCCCACCAGUGACUAUACCGACGCUCAAGGUCCGGUCCGAAGAAGUCACUAAAUAAGAAUUUGACUUUCUCUAGUAACUACGAGACUAUGAGUUGCCUAGUUUUUAAGUAGAUAAUCAUAUUAAGUCUGAAAACAUAAUAUUUUCUAGCGGUUUUGUAAUUUUUAAUCAUUAUUUCCACAAAUUAAUAUACAUAAGUAUUUAGUGUUGACAAAUUUUGCUUUUUAGACGGCUCGCUGGACGCAUGACACUCCACACGACAGUAGUUGAUCGCAUUUUAGAAGUUAAAGAAUUUAGAAAUAUCUAUUUGUAAAUAAAUAAAUUAUUAUAUUUCACCACUGACUGUGUAUUACAUAAUUGCUCAUACAUAGCAUAAACAUAUAAUGCUUAGGAUACCUAGGUUUAAUGUCCUUUAAUAUGUGUAAGAUUUAAUGUUCUCAUUCUUUUAAGAAAAAUGCAAUUACGAAUUUUGUUAAAUGCGAUUUAAAAUAGUAUUACUUAGUCUUAUUUUAUAAUAAUAAUAGUAUUAUUUUCCAACUCUUUGUAUAUUUCCAGUCGCACCAUACGAAUAAUAUACCUAUGUAUAAUAGUGUUUACUAUGAAAUACUUUAGAAUUAAUACAAUUCAUUAGACUAAUGAGCUAACUAAAUAAGAGAUAACAACAAAUCCGGUUACAUGGCUUAAGCAUAAGUACAUAACAUUUAUUACGACAAAUAUAUCUAAUGACCUAA